ACGACGUCUCCGGUUGAUGUACUGCAGGACUGCGAAACGGGUCGGUCGGUUUACAGUCAGUCAGCCAGUCAGUCAGUUAGUCCCCGGGAAGUGCUUGAGAAGUUGUCUGAUUCUUUGUUCGAAAUUGUCCGAGGGAAUUGUGAAAUUGGUGACAAGUGAUCCGCUGGAGAAAAAAAAUUAAAUAAUUGGAGAACAGAUUUACCGCAUUGGGAAAAAAAUUCGGCUGAGAAGAACAAGAAGAGCAACAACCGAGGAUUCGUUCUGAAGUGGAUGGAGGAAGAGUUUUUGUGAGAGUGCAAAGUUUUGAAAAUUCCGUGGAACUGUGGUGAAAAAUGGCAAAUUUGAUGAUUUACAAAGUGGUCAAGUGUCGACUAAAAGCGAUUUCCGAGCGGAAGAUGGUUUGCGAAGAACCGAAGAGAGGAUAAAGCUAGCGAAAGUUCCCGGAUGAUUCUGUGUGCGGAAAAUUUAAGGGUUCUGGGCUCCAGCUAGAGAAAGGAUUACGUGACAGCAAUAGACUUGCUUUGCAGUAAAUGUUCCUAGAAAAAGACGUGAAAAUUAUUUGGCAUAAAUCUAAUCUUAAAGCUUUCCAUCGUUGACAACCGUGUGUGGGGAAAAAAGUGAAAAACUGAUAAAACAAAACAGAGGAAAACUGAUCCUAGUGAAACAAAUUGCCAAUACGAAAAAAAAUCACCCCUUUGAAAAGAAGAAAAGCUCCCAAAGUGUUACAACACAUACACACAAGCGGGGUGAGAGCGAGAAGCCAUCACUCCCCUUCGAGUGAGAGUGAGCAGGUCCCAGAUGGGCCAAAGGGAAAACAGAGUGAGUGUUUUGGAAAAGUGACAAAAACGGCGUUUGUUGGUGCAUCUGUGUGUUAGUGAAGGUAAUGCGAUUAGAACUUUUUCGCCAGUGAAACAACAGUGAGUGCACAGAGCGAGAGAUCGAUCGAGAAAGAGUGAGGGAGUGAGUGAGAGCGGGAAGCUCUCGCACUAGUGUGGUGAGACCAAGAUGGCGUCGGCGCCUAAAGUUAUUCCAGCAGCAGCAGCAGGUCAGGAGGAGCAAGCUGCUCUUCGUGCCCCUUCCAGCAGCAGCUGCACCGUCAACGGACGCCAUCGUUCUCGGUUCUACAACUGUCAGCAGCCCAGCUGCUCCUGCUCCACCUCCCCCAACUCCAGCGAAUGCAUCCGGCACAGUCGUAACAAUAAUCAUAAUCGCAAUAAUAAUAACCGUAACAGUUGCAACCGUCGCAGCCGACGGUUAGAUCUUAUGAGUGCGUCUCGAGUGUGGCUGUCGGUGGGCCUGGUCCUGGGCUAUCUCGGGUGCCUGGGAGCCGGUUUCGUGCUGGAUGGAUCGCAGAAUAGCUUCGCCCAGUUCCGGAAGUGGUACACCGGACUGAAUGGCACCCUGGAGCUGGAGUUUAAAACCGAACAGCCGAACGGGUUGGUGCUCUACACCGACGACGGGGGGACGUACGACUUUUUCGAGCUGAAACUGGUGGAGGGGGCACUGAGGUUACGCUACAACUUGGGUGGUGGAGCGCAGAUUAUCACCGUCGGGCGGGAUCUGCACGACGGACACUGGCACAAGGUUCAGGUCCUCCGCAACGACGAGCACUCCACCCUGACCGUCGAUGGCGUGUCCCAGAGCCGGACCUCCCGAGGGAAGGAAUUCCUGUUUGGGAAGUUCGCCACCAACUCGGACGUGUUUGUCGGUGGCAUGCCCAAGUGGUACAACUCCAAGCUGGCCCUGCUGGCACUGCCGAGCGUCAUUUUCGAGCCGCGGUUCCGCGGCUCGGUGCGCAAUCUCGUCUACUCCGAUCAGCCCGGAGUGUCCCCGCGGCGGCAGGAGAUGCGCCAGCCCCGGGACAUUAAGUGCGGUGACUCACCUUGUGAUUUGACGGCCAUUCCACGGGAAAAAGUGACACGGGUAAGUACAGAGUGGCUGUCUAUCUAUCUUCUCUGCUCCUAGCCCAUCCAUGCAAAACAAUAAACACAAUAUUGCUAGACGCUAAUGAUCGUUAUGAAACUGUAAUUAUUGGUUCAACGGGGAAAGAUAAAUAAAUGGGGAACCAAUCAAUUGCCGUGCUAUUAGCCAUCGAUUAAUGUACUCGAUGAUAGUGUAUUGCUAGAUGGAACUGAGUAAGGUAGUUGGGGAUCCGUCGUCCGAAUGAUAUUGCUUUUAAUUUUUUAGCCAUCAGUUAUCGUUUGCAAUUUUAAGUUUUCGUUAUCAAUAUUGAAUUUUUAAUAAAGUCUACUUAAUCAUCGAAUUUCCAAUAAGAGGCUCACUUAACCGAAGCAGACGAGAGAAAGUGCUUCAGAUCCCAUAUCAAUAAAAUAUGAUUAAGGGCCCAAAAUAGUAAAGACAAUUAACACCGCAGCUAUCCAAGUUGCUCUCCGAAUGGGAUUAAUGAAUCAUUCAUCAGCAUCGUUACCCCCGGAAAAUGUGCUGCUACCGUCAAUUGCCCAGUACUAGAAAAGAACACACAGCCAAACCAAAUAAUCGA